UGCAAUUUGAAAGGUUGGACUUCCGCAAAGGUUUCCGCUGCGUGUCAUUUUAACCUAACUUGACUCACGGAAAAGUAGCGAAGGAGUCAAAGUUUGCGGUCUGUAGUUAUACUUUGCAUCCAUACAGUAACCUCAAAAUGGAUCCUUUGAGCUUCAGGGACUGUGCGGCUUGGAGGGCUGAGGGUCUUCCAUUCUCCACCAGCAGUAAUGAGGCGUGCAAGCUUUAUGAUGCUAUUCUGACUCAGUAUGUGAAAUGGCGCAACAUUGACAAUAUCGGAGGAAUUGAGGGAUGCAUUACUCGUAUCAAGGAGGCUGAUCCGGAUUUUGUGAUGGGCCAUGUGAUUAGCACGGGCUUAGAGUUGCUGGGAACAGCGACCACCCCCCGCCUGAACCAACGUCUGGCCAGCGCUGUGAAGAAAACAUUGGAGCUGGCCGGCAGUCAAAACCUCACGCCGAGAGAGAAGCUCCACGUCAAGGGCUUGGAGUUGUUGUCACAUGGGAAUUUACCCAGAGCCAGUGACGUUUGGGAAGACAUCCUGGUUGAUCAUCCCACAGACUUACUGGCCCUCAAGUUUGCCCAUGAUAACUAUUUCUAUAUGGGAGCUCAAACCCAGAUGAGGGAUUCGGUUGCUCGAGUACUGCCCCACUGGAAGCCUCAUACCCCUUUGUCCAGCUAUCUGAAAGGAUUGUAUGCUUUUGGUCUGCUGGAGACGCACUUCUACGACCAAGCUGAGAAAGUAGGGAUGGAGGCUCUUGCACUGGUUCCUGAUGACGCAUGGUCCGUCCACUCUGUCGCCCAUGUCUAUGAGAUGACAGCGGAGGUGGACAAAGGCUUGAAGUUCAUGGAAGCGAGGGAGAAAGACUGGAAGGUAUCCGAUAUGCUAGCCACUCACAACUACUGGCACUGGGCGCUGUACUUCAUUGAGAAGGGGCAAUAUGAGGCUGCACUGCAAAUAUUCGAUUCUCGGGUAAUCCAAAAUUGUAAAACCAAGGGAUCCAUGUUGGACCUGGUCGACGCCAGCUCCCUCCUGAGCAGACUGGAGAUGGAGGGUGUGUUUGUGAAAGACCGCUACCGGGACCUGCUGCAGGUAGCGCUGCCUCACACCGAUGACCACGUGACUAUAUUUAAUGACCUCCACAUCCUCAUGGUGUCCCUGGGAGCGAAAGAGACUGCCGCUUCGAAGCAUCUGCUGGAAGGCCUCCAGGAAUUGGCUAAGACACCGGGUGACAACUACCAUCAUAAGCUGGCUGAACCCAUCGGGGUCCCCAUGUGUCAAGCUUUGAUGGAAUAUGAUGAAGGAAACUACGAUCAAACUGUGGAGUUGCUUUACCCUUUGCGCUACAGUGUCGUGCAGAUAGGGGGCAGUGAUGCACAGAGAGAUGUCUUCAAUCAACUGCUUAUUCAUGCGGCCUUGAAAUCGGAGAAUAAACGCCACCAGAGACUUGGCAGAUGUCUACUGGUGGAGCGUGAAGCAACAAAGCCAAACUCCCCUCUGAAUGAUCGUCUGAUGCAGAGAGCCGUGGCCCUUCACCACUAGACUGAUUGCAAGAAGCACACGUAAUCUGAGGUUCCCCGUGUCUGAUUUCAGGAUGCCCCCAGACCAACUGUCUUUUUUUUUUUUUUUAAACACACUUGUGAAUGAAAAGCAUACACAUUUUGCAAAUGUGUUCACCCUAAAACCUAAAUGAUAUCAUUGAUGGAUGUCUGCAUUUGCAUGCUUAAUCAGACAGAGCUAGUCAUCAUAAAUACAUGGUUUCAUUCAAAUGAAUUCCAAUAAAUAUAUCGACAGUCAAACCUCGGUUUUCGUCCAUAGUUUGUUCGAGAAGGCUGUUCGAAAACCGAAAUUGUUCGAAAACCGAAACCACGCUCUUUUUAAAAUAAAAAUGUUUAUUGAAGACAUCUGCUCACAAUGGAAAGCAACACGAGGAAGCGUCACUUCCUCGCGUAAGGAAGGCGAGAGGAGUCAAAUGGUGCAUUCAAGUGUGCUCGGUUUGUUCGAGAACCGAAAUUUGUUCGUCAUCCGAGGUAUAAAAAACUCAAACUUUUUUAUCGAAAACCGAAUUGGACGAGUACCGAGAUGUCCGAAAACCGAGGUAUGACUGUAUCAUUUCUUUCUUUCUUUUUUUUUUUUUUUUUUUUAACCAACACACCUUAGUUUGUGUAAAUCUUUUUCAGGCACCAACCACUUUGGUUGGAUGGAAACAGCAGUACUUGCUGUCGAAUGUACUCUUUUAUUUACACUACACAAUUCACUUAAUCAAACAAAUAGUGAUUGCUGUUUAAGCGCAACGACAGGGUAGUACAUUACAUUUUUAUUUUGCAAUCAAAUCACUGCUCAGUAUUUCAUAUAAAAUCUGUAUGCAAGAAACCAAGAAAAAUCGCACCAUCUUAUGGA